CCGCAGUCAGCUGACAGGAAGGCUCGUUGCGUCCUUAGUAAUGCGUCCUUAGAAAACAAAGUCUGGAUUGACAGACCAUACUUCAAAGAAAAUCAGAAAUCGGCAUUGGCCAGUUAGUCGCGGCCUCCUUCUUUGACCGCCGUCAGUGAAGAGUUCACCAUGGCAACCGCUCCUGGACCUAACGUAGAAAAGCCGGGGCCCGGCCCCAGUGACCGUCUGAUCACUCUAUUCAGGACCUGCUCCAGAGAUCCCACACAGGGAAUAAAAAUUAGACUGAAAGACAUGCUGCAAGAGUUUCUGCAGCACUGCAAGGAUGAUCAACAUGACAACGCUAAAAGAGAGCUGGAGGAAAAGUGCUUCUCAAAGGCCACAGAACUCUACUACACCAUCUUAGAAAGUCUUACUGGCAUUCAGUGCUUCUUGGAGGAUGACCUUUGGCACCGCUGCCUGGUGGCCUGUUGCUUGCAGAUCGCCCUGAAAUUUCAAGCCAGUGACGUCACUUUGCUCCUCAAAGUUUUCAAACUGGAUUCCUACCUUUUCUUAAAGGUACAUAACCAGUUCCUAUUAAGAUUCUGGAAGGGAAAAUUUAUGGACUUGAUCAAACGCUUUAAGCUAAUUGGAACAAGUGUUUUAGAGAGCUCUGUUUGGGCCAGCCACUCUCUCCUGUGGGAGAAAAUCAAAGACAAUGAAGGAUUUCCACCUUUCAAACACCAGCUGACUUCCCCAACAAAUGUCGAAGGUCAGCCGGAAUCUAACCCACAAGAAGCAGAUGUAAUAUUGGAAGCAGAGUCGUCCACGACCUCAGACCACCAGCAUUGCUCCUCAGCUGUAAGCAGACCCAAGGGGCAACCUUUCCUACACCAGUUUGCUAGGAUGGUUUACAGUGAGAUGGGAGAGCGUCUGAGGGAAAUGUGUUUGAAACUACACGUCUCUGAUGAAUUGAUGUCAAAGAUGUGGACCUGUUUGGAGAAUUCCCUGUCCCAGCACACUCCCCUCAUGAAAGACGGUCACCUGGACCACCUGCUCAUUAGCGCCAUCUACAUCAUAGCAAAGGCUACCAAGUACAAGCUAACGUUUGAGGAGAUAGUAGCCGCUCUAUCUCCUCAGACAUCUCUCUAUCGAUCUAUGACAGAGCCAUAUACCAAUGAAAGUGUUUCCAAAGAGAUGCUGAACUCAGAGUCACCUUUGGAAAAUCUUCCCAAAGAGAUGAUGGAUCUUGGAACCCAUAGAGCUGCUUUUCCGACACCAGAAGAAAACUCAGUGGAGGAUAAGAGAGGCAGCCUCAUCAAUUUCUACCACCUCUACAGCAUAAAACUGCAGCCGUUUGCGGAGAAGUUUGCCCAAACUUAUGGGGGAGAGACUCCUCCUAUAUCUCCAUUGCCGCCACCUCCGUCGAGAAAAAGUUAUCACCCAAUGAAGGGUGUUAACUUCACCGUCUCACCGUUAAACAGACAAGAUGUCCCUCAACAUACUCCCAAAUACAUCUAUAAAUUUGGCAAAAGCUCUAGAGAGGACCUGUGUAAGAUCAACAAUGGAACCAGAAAACGUGCGCUGUCGUUUAAAACGGAGGAAGAAGAUGGGCCUUCAUCCAAGCAAAGUUGCUUGGAAAAUCCAUCAGCUCUGCAGAGUCGACUGAUAAAUCUGCAAAAAGAUCGGUCAGCGGCACAGAACCAGAACAACCAGAACCACCCUGAUGAUACACACUGUAAAACGCAAUAAGUGAAGUUUACUUUAAAUAUUUAUGCAAAUUCCUUGCCUCAAAAAUAUUAAGUUUCCAAAACUUAAAAAUGUUAGUAUGUGCAAGUUGUACAUCUUAAGUUUACACAACUAAACUAAUUUGAUCAUUUUGAGUGAGUUGUAUUGACAUGGAUGUACACAUAACUCACUGUAACCGUAUAAGUUAUUUUUGCACAUUUUUUUUUACUAAAAAUAUGUGCAAAAUUAACUGUUUGAUUAACAUUAACUUGUGCAAUUUUAUUGAGCGUAACUUAAGUUAACUGUAAAUCUAUGUUGUGAUUAUUUAAAAUCUUCAUUUUUUUUAAUGUAGAAACUCCUCAUUUAAAAGAAAACUACUUAAUUGAAACGGUUCCUGUGUAACUGGAUCCUUUCUGCUUUGUGCUGGUUUUAUUAAAUGAUCAGGCUGUGACACGGUUUGUCUUUAAAAAAGGAUUAACAGAAAACAACCGUGUUAUAGGCUGCCCACUCCAACUCCUACAUAAAACAAAAGUACAUUACAGAAAUUAACUUGAUAAAUCUAUAAAUAAACUGGAUGUAUUUAGAUGAAAAAUAAACAGCACACACCUCUCCCGCAGAACAACAUAACACAAGGGGAGGGUCUAAGGGGCACAAACAAUUUAAAGACAAUACCACAGAAGAAGAAAUUAAAAGGCGGGGCUUCCGCUCUUAAAGUAACACGGUUAAAAGAAUGACAGUUUUUUUAGAGGUGUUUCAGUCAGGUAAGAAACAAUACAAAUAACCAAAAAAGCGGCAUUUUGUGUAGUUAUAACAAAAGAGAAAUACAACCAGGUUACACCUGCUUUAACUCUAUUAUAGUGAACUUGCAUGUGAAACAAAAAAAAAAAAAGAUGAGACCAACAAACAGCGUCCUGGUAGAAUAUUUCCCUUUGAAGCCGUACAUAUUUUUGUAAACCUUUUUCAGAAAAAAUAGGCUUUCUAACCCAAACGCAUGAUAAAGUAUUUCACUAAGCAGUAUGGUGCAAUUGUAACAAUUGAUAAAGGAAUUUGGACUUUUGUACUUAGAAUUUGUAGAAGUGAGCCAGUGUCAGAUAUUUUCUUUUGAAAGUUUUUACAAAUUCCAUGCUAUUUUCGGUAUUGGUAACUUUUAAGUGUUUAAUUUAUUUUAUAUUAUGCAUCAAGUGAACACUUUUUCUUCAAAGCUGAUGUGUUCACACCGGGGGGGGGUUGGAUAUGGGUAAAGAUUGGUGGUUUGACAAAGGGGUUAGAGCUUUAGUGGGAUGUUUCCAGUCUGCAGUAUUCCAAGAAGGAACAGUUCUUACUGGCCUGAUACUUAUCUACUAUAAAAAAAGCAACAUGGAGUACUUGAGCAGUAAAACAGGAUCAUGGAGCAAUCAAAGACAAUAGUGUAGUCUGAAGAGUCACAUUUUCGUUUACAUCACAUGGAUGGCUUUGAUUUUUUUAUUUUUAUUUUUUUCCGUCUUGCCGUUCAUGAUCAGGAGACUUAACUCUGACCUACGGAGGCAUAUCUCUGCUGUUUUCUUUUAGCAGGAUGAUACAUCCUACAACAAAACAAAAAUUAUUGAAGAACUCCCCAGAUCUCCAUCUAAUUCAUGUAUGAGGAAUGUUGCCCAUUUAUCUCUAUUGUAGCAAUAACAAUCUGAAGCGUUAGCUGUACAGCACCCUAUUUUUAACUUUCAUACUUGUGUCUUUGUACUGUGCUGAAUGUAAAAAAUUUUUAAAAGUUUUUUAAAAGUGAAAGCACAAUGUUUAUUAUUUACAUUUACCAUGAUGAACAGCUGCAAAAAAGAGAGCUUUGUUUUUCUAUGUCCAGAAAUUCCAGUAUUUAUUUAAAUGAUUGUAUAGUGAGCCAUAUGAAAGCAUUAAAAUCAGAUGGUUUAUGGAC